GAAACUCUGCCAAUUAACGCCUUGUUUAAUUUCUUUGGUUAUAAAACCCUCACAAAAAAGAUCAUCAUCAUAUAUCCACAAAAAGAAAACGAAAAAAAAAAUAAAAAAAAAAUCAAGCAUGAUGAACCUCGUGUUGACGAUUCUUGUCUUCUUCAUACCCAUUUUCAUCUUCUUCUUCAAGCUGAUAAGAACAAAAAAGUCAACUCGAAAUCUGCCACCAGGGCCAUGGAAAUUGCCUUUAAUAGGGAAUAUGCACAAUCUCAUCGGCUCUAUGCCACAUCGUGCUCUGCACGAAUUGGCCCUGAAAUACGGCCCCGUGAUGCACCUUCAGCUCGGCGAACUAUCCACGGUUGUAAUUUCCUCACCCGACGCCGCAAAGCAGGUGAUGAAAACCCACGACGUAAACUUCGCAUCCAGGCCACCGAUUAUCGUGGCCGAGAUCAUCAGUUAUAACAGCACAAGCAUCACGUUCGGCGAGUACGGUGAUCACUGGAGGCAGCUGAGGAAGAUCUGCACGCUGGAGCUCCUGAGCAUGAAGCGCGUCUCGUCUUUCCGUUCGAUAAGAGAAGAAGCGUUUCUAGAUCUCUCAAGGUCGCUGGAGGGAGCGCCACCUGUCGUCGUCAAUUUGACUGAGAAACUCUACUCUUGUGUCUAUUCUCUGGUUUCCAGGGCCGCGUUUGGUAAGAAGUCCGAGGUUAAUAAGAGGUUACUGCCCGUAUUCAAAGAAAUUUCCGUACUGGCGGCAGGAUUUAGUAUUGCGGAUGUUUAUCCUUCGAUUAAGUUGCUUCAAAUGAUGAGUGGAUUGAGGAGGAGGAUGAAGAAGCUGCAUGGGGAAGUAGAUAGGAUACUUGAUGACAUCAUCCAUGAGCAUAGAUCAGUAGCCAUGGUUUAUGAUGACGUCAGCGAGAAGAAGAAGAAGCAAGGAGAUGAUGACCUGGUUGAUGUUCUUCUCAGAUUCCAGGAUGAUGGGAUUCAGAUUCCGUUGACCACUGAAAACAUUAAAGCUGUUAUCUUGGAUAUGUUGGGUGGUGGGAGUGAGACAUCGCCCACAACGGUGGAUUGGGCAAUGUCGGAAAUGCUAAGAAAUCCAAGAAUCCUGGAAAAGGCGCAAGAUGAGGUGAGACGAUUUUUCGACGACAAAGGAGGAUACGUCGAUGAAUCAAGAAUUCACGAACUGAAAUAUUUAAUGUCAAUUAUCAAAGAGACUCUGAGGCUUCACCUACCACUACCUCUAUUACUUCCAAGAAAAUGCAGAGAGAAAUGCGAGAUCAACGGAUACGAGAUACCGGUGGAUACGAAAAUCAUCGUAAAUGCGUGGGCUAUUAACAGAGACCCUAAGUACUGGCGUAACCCGGAUUGCUUCGAACCCGAGAGAUUUCUUGAUGAGGAUUUGAAGGUUGAUUACAAGGGUAAUCAUUUCGUGUAUAUCCCGUUUGGUGCCGGUAGGAGAAUAUGCCCUGGAAUGGCGUUUGGUCUGGCAAAUGUAGAGCUACCACUGGCUAUGUUUCUAUACCAUUUUGAUUGGAAGUUACCACCUGGAAUGAAGCAUGAAGAAUUGGAUAUGUCGGAAUCAUUUGGGAUCACAGCCAGGAGAAAUGGUGAUUUGUUUGUUGUUCCGGUUAUUAAACGACCACUCCCGCCGCCUGUCAAAUGAUCGAUGCGGAAGUUGUUGGUUUAUUUUAAUUUACAUGUGGCUUAAUGAAUGUUUAUUCAGAAUAAUCAUUUAGUGUCAGUUGUGAAAUUUGCUUGUUUGGUUAUUUGUCUGUGUUGACAUGUAUAAUUAAGUUAUUUACGAAUAAAAACGUUUGCUUAAUCGCAU